AGAACAACUGUAGACAGGCCAGACUCCAGAGAGAGGAUGUAAUCUGUGCAAAUGCCAAAUUGUUAAGUCGCGUUUUUUUUUUUAAAUCUAUUAGUGAUUCGUUAGUAAUAGGUUCGGUCGGUGACAUUAGUUUGUGUGUUUUAUUAAUAUCUACCACGUUAGUCAUACCGUUUUCAGUAUAGUAAAUUGUAAUUUUUAACAUCAUUAGUCAUAUUAUGAUGGUUCGAUGGAAAUCAUUUUCACGGUAUCACUUGAGUGGAACUCGAUGAUGACAAAAGCUUAAUAUAACAUGAUUUAAAGAUUUGCUUUUUAUCAAGAUAAUUUGCAUAACAUUAAAAUGGAUGAAAAACUUUUAAACGACUUGCUCGAGUGUUCAGUGUGCUUAGAACGCUUAGAUACGUCCAGCAAAGUUUUGCCAUGCCAACAUACGUUUUGCAAAAAAUGCUUGGACGAAAUAAUAGCUACGCACAAAGAAUUACGAUGCCCGGAAUGCCGUACAUUAGUAGAAUGCCGAAUCAAUGAACUACCGCCCAACGUAUUACUUAUGCGAAUUUUAGAAGGCAUGAAGAGUAAGAGUAAUACAAUUUCACCUCCUAAAAAACCAGCCGCUGUUAGCUGUUCUGACCAAAGGCCUCCCAAAACAUCCAAACAGGUGGGGCCAUGUCAACGGAACGUGUUUGCAAGAGCAUUAUAUGAUUAUUCGUCUACUGAACCUGGGGAUUUAAGUUUUAAAAAAGGUGACAUGAUUAUUUUACGCCAAAAAGUGGAUUCUAAUUGGUAUCAAGGAGAAGCAAACGGUGUAAUAGGAAUAUUUCCUCUAUCAUAUGUACAGGUUUUUCCAACAUCACUUCCUAGUCAUAUACCACAAUGUAAAGCGUUGUAUAAUUUUAAAAUGAACAAAGAGGACGACGAGGGCUGUUUGUCAUUUUCAAAAGGUGAUAUUAUUACAGUUUUGAGGCGAAUCGAUCAAAAUUGGGCCGAGGGUAAGAUUGCAAACCGAAUUGGAAUAUUUCCAUUGUCUUUUGUCGAUUUAAAUCAAAUCGCACGUGCAUUGAUGAAAUUGUCUGUUAAUUCUCAACCUACACAAAGUAGACUUGCUCCUCCGACACCAGAAGAAGCUACAGCUCCUUUGUUACCGAUUGAUUCAUCUGCUGCUUGUCAGUUAAAUAACAGCCAAAACAACACAACGGACGAGGUAAAAAUUUCACCAAAUACAACGAAACUAAUCAAUGAUGUCACUUCGUCAUCUUCUUCUAACACUACAACAUCUCCCAACACUACUUCUCCAUCGGAUACUUCAUCUAGUUCUCCAAGUCAAUCGCCAUCACAUGGCCCUUUUGCCGAGUCUUUAACAAAUCGACCUUCUAAGUCUUCAAACGCCGAACAACCAAAACGGCAUAGCUAUACCAAUGGUAUUGGACCUUCAUCCCUUGGAUAUAUGAAUGAAAGUGCUGAAAGACCAAUCGCAAUGAGCGCUGCCAAGAUUUGUACGCAGGACGACAUUGCUGUCUUUUCUGGUGUUAGUUCUAAUUUAGAAGUUCAACCAAGUCAGGUAAAAAAUAGAACAAAAGAUUCAGUUAAACUUCACCGACACGGGAGUCUUAGAAAUCAUUCACGACCCAUAGUUUCUCAAAAUCUUAGGUCUAAAAUACCAGUUCAUCUACCGGCAAAGUAUGUUGCGUUAUAUCCAUAUAAACCUCAGAAGACUGAUGAACUCGAAUUAAAACGUGGACAACUCUACAUGGUCACUGAAUGUUGUAAAGACGGAUGGUACAAAGGAACUUCUUUGAAAACUAACUGUUCUGGAGUGUUUCCGGGAAAUUAUGUUACAACCGCAAAAAUAUCUGUACGUUUGUUAGGCAAUAAAUCUAGUAAUGUUUCUGCAUCGGCACAAGAUCAAAUAGAGGAUUAUUCCGCUCUCAAAGAAUUAUCGAACGAUGGUAGUUUUUCAAACGACUUAGAGGAAAAUUUACCUUUAUAUCCACCGCCUGAACUACCUCCUCGCAGUAGUAGUCCAUCCGUACACAGUCGUGUUUCAAGUUGGUUGUCAGAAAUGCCAUCAACGUCUUCUAGUACAAUCUCGAUGCCACAAAAACAUAACUUAAAACCUUCGUGUUCAAAUAUGGCUUCAUGUAAUGUAAGCAAACACUUAACUGAAAAAGAAUCAUCUAUAGCCGAAUCUGGUACAUCGGCUACUAAUACGGCUGCUUUACCUUCACCUGCACAUUCGCUGAGCCCCGAUAAUAUGGCUCAGAAACGGGUUAGAAAGAAAUGUUCUCUAACUAAUUCAGUAAUGCGUAGUUUCUCGAAUAUGAAAAUUCGAAAAUCUCCUCCUCCUGUUUACUCGAUGGAUAAUCCGGUCUUUGAUGAUAAUUCUGCAGUAGCCGCACCGCAGCCAGUACAUACAAGGUCUGACUCUUGUCCGUCAAAACUAUUGAAUGUAGAUGCCGUACAAAAGAACCCUGAUCAAAUACCUAUGAAAAUCCGAAGCAACCUUAAUAUUAAAAGCGAACCUCGUCCGAAUGGAUCUUCAGUGUUAAUACACCAUCGAAAAUCCCAGAGUUUGGACACAAAUGGAGUUUCAACUGAUACUAAAUCACACGAUCGAAAACCAAAACAAAGUUCACGGGCUCAACAAAAUAUGUGUAGAUGUAUUGUUGCAUAUCCACCAAAUAGUGAAUAUGAACUUGAACUUAGAGUAGGAGAUAUACUUUAUGUACAUAAAAUUAGACAAGACGGCUGGUAUAGAGGUACAUUGUUAAGAACUGGCAAAAGCGGUUUGUUUCCGUCGAGUUUUGUCGAGAAAAUUUAACCAUCAAGCUUCAUAUAAUAACAGCUCUGGUCGAUAUUGAUGUACUCAAGCGAUAGGCAACAUGGAUUUGUUCGGUACAUAUGUAUGUUUACUUAUUAUCGUUAUAACUAUAUAAGUAGAUAAACACCAGUAUAAUACCUUUCAACUUUCUA